AUUUGCAUUCAGUUGCCGUUCGAGUGCCUCCAGGGAACGUUCCGUUCUGAAUUUAUUUUUUCAACAUAUUCAACGUCUUGCGCGAAAUGUACUCUGAGCUCGUAUCCAACAAGAUCCAUCAAUACUGAGCUGAAAAAGUGUCCAAAACAUCCUGAAAUUUUACCAAAGGAUUCACUAAAUAUUGACAAAUUAAAUAUCCACGAUCCGCAAUGAAAGCCCGAGAGUGGUGCCUCAUCUUAUUGCUGGCUGUGGCGCGGACUUGGCCGCGCAUCGAGGCAUGCAACCGGAUACCGCUGGGGGCCACUGCAGCCAAGUCUCCGGUGGACGAUAACUAUGUGCUGUCCGUGGCUAACAAUGCCCAGAGCUAUGUGCCGGGCCAGCGGUACAACGUGACCCUGAGUGCAUUUUCGGGGCUAUCCUUCGUGAGCUUUUUGUUGGCCUUGGACCUGGAGACGGGUGACGGCGAGGAUGAUCCGAAUGCCGUGGGCACCUUUGAGCUACAGGAUCUGGCCGAGACGCGCUUCAGUCCGCGCUGCGCCAAUCUCGUCGAGAACACCAACACAAAUGUGAAGACUCACGUGGAUGUGGUCUGGGUGGCGCCGUCUAGUCCCGGACAGGGCUGCAUUCUGCUGCGGGCGACCGUGAUGCAGCAUCGCGAUGUUUGGUUCAUGGACGAUGGCUUCCUCACCAAGCGCAUGUGCGAGGAGGAGGUGGACGACAUCGACACGCAGCCCAGCAUUAUGGAUCCAUGCUGUGCCUGUGAUGAGGCCAAGUACGAGCUCACCUUCGAGGGCAAAUGGUCGCGGCACACGCAUCCCAAGGACUUCCCGGCCAACAGCUGGCGCACCCGAUUCAGCGACAUCAUCGGCGCCUCCCACACCAUCGACUACCGAUUUUGGCAGUACGGGGAGAUGGCCAGUGAGGGGCUGCGGGAGGUGGCCGAGCACGGCUCCACGCGCACCCUGGAGAGCGAGCUGAAGGACCAGAGCGAGCACAUCCGCACGAUCAUCAAGGCACGCGGCAUCGCCUAUCCGAAUGUGACGGGCAAGACUUUCGCCGUCUUUCGGGUGGACUCGAAUCAUCAUCUGAUUUCGCUGGUCUCCAUGGUGGAUCCCUCGCCCGACUGGAUUGUCGGCGUCUCCGGGCUGGAGCUGUGCCUGCCCAACUGCUCGUGGGUGGAGAACAAGGUCCACAAUCUGUAUCCCUGGGAUGCGGGCACUGACAGCGGUCCAUCUUAUAUGUCCGCCGACCAGCCGCAGGUGCCGCCCGAUGUGGUGCGCCGCAUCAAGUCCAACUACCCCAACGACCCGCGUUCGCCCUUCUACGAUCCCAGCGGCGCUCAGAUGAAGCCCCUGGCCACAUUGCACAUCAAUCGAAGACGCCUCUACGAGAAGAACUGCGAGUCGACUGACUCGGAGCAGCUGCCCGCGGAGUGCGCCACCGAGGCAUGGAGCAGAUGGGACGAGUGCAGCACCAAAUGCGGACCCGGCAAGCAGUACAGGACGCGCGAGUUCAAGAAUCCCGUGCUGGCAUCGCGUCAUCGCUGCAACAAUGCCCUGCGGGAGGAGAAGAACUGCGUGGGACGCAAUUGCGCCAGCUUCAAUGAGGAAACAGCCGAUGGGGCGGUGCAGCCCGAGGUUGGAUAUCCAACGGCCGGCUCCGACGAUCCGCAGUGUGGGCUGUCCGAGUGGAGCGAAUGGUCCUCGUGUACUGUGACAUGUGGCACGGGCGAGCAGACGCGGUCGCGACACUACCUCAACAAGAAGGCCAAGAAGAAGUGCCAGAAGGCGAGCAGGGCCCGCCUGCAGGAGACCAAAGUGUGCGAGGCCAUGGAGUGCGGGGGCGACAUAGUGCCCGAGGAUGCAGGCGCAGGAGACGCAGGGGAUGGGGCCGAGAAGCGGUCGAUCUUUCGCAACUUCGAGAGCUACAGCCAGCACAAGGAGGACUAUAUACCGCCAGUGUGCGGGAUAACGCCCUGGUCGGACUUCUCGCCCUGCCAGGGCCCGUGCGGAGGCCACGGGAAGCGUCAGCGCAUCCGCAAGGUGUGGAACAACAAUCAGGUGUACGGCGUGCACGACCCCAGCGACGACGGCAGUGAUCCGUGCCGCCACAUCAAGCUCCACGAGGAGGUGAACUGCACGAAUCCCAGCUGUGACACCAUCGUGCCCCAUCUUUGCUACGAGGACCUGAUGGACAGUCCCUGUCGGGACAGCGACGUGACCAACUACUGGUACUACGAUCAUGUGAGCGACCAGUGCGCCAUCUACUGGUCGGACCGCUGCGACACCAACCGCAACAAGUUCAAGUCGAAGGAGGAGUGCGAGGACACGUGCCGCCAACCUCGCCACAAGCAAGAGCUAAAGUACGACCGCCUCCAAGCCAUCGACUGUCUCGUCUCCGAGUGGCUCACCCACAUCUGCAACGCCACCUGCGGCGACGGCUACCAGCUGCGCACCCGUCGCGUCCUCCGCACACCCAAGUACGGCGGCAAGCCAUGCCCCAAGCAUCUGGUGCGCCUCGAUCGCUGCUAUCAGCGCUGCGACGACAUUUACUCGAUCAGCGGCGGCGGAUUCGGUGAGCGACGGCAUGUGGCCAAGACGCCACCGCCGGAUCCGCGCGAUGCGUGCCGCUAUUCGGAGUGGUCCGCCUGGACGCCCUGCACUGCCACGUGUGGCGACAAUGCCGUGCGACAGCGUACCCGCACGCUGCUCAACACGGAUCUGAGCUCCAUGUGCAAGGAUCGUGUCCGCAUGGAGAAGUGUAUGAUGAUGCCGUGCCUCCUGAUCAGCAACGAUGAUGCCGAGAAGUGGUAAGGCAACAGGAACAACGAUGGAUCGAUCGAUUCCAACAAGUAUUAGUCGUACACCAAUUAUGUAAUCGCAAGCGAAUGAAUGACAAAAUAUAUAAGAAUCCACCAGCUA